AUGUCAAAGCAGUUCCAAUUCAAGCUUGUCCUGCUCGGAGAAUCAGCUGUGGGCAAGUCUAGUCUCGUCCUUCGGUUUGUGAAGGACCAGUUUGACGACUAUCGGGAGAGUACGAUCGGAGCUGCUUUUCUGACACAGACUGUUCAAUUGGAGGAUGGUACAACAGUCAAGUUUGAGAUAUGGGAUACUGCUGGACAGGAGAGGUACAAGUCAUUAGCACCUAUGUACUACCGCAGUGCUGCCUGCGCUAUUUGCGUCUAUGAUAUCACCCAAUCUGCAUCCCUCGAGAAGGCAAAGUCCUGGAUCCGUGAACUCCAACGGCAAGCCGAUCCAUCAAUCGUCAUCGCACUAUGCGGGAACAAGUCCGACCUGGCUGCACGACGUCAAGUAUCUCAGGAAGAAGCGCAGAAGUUCGCCGAAGAGGAAGGUCUGAUGUGGUGUGAGACGAGCGCGAAGACGGGCGAGGGCGUGAACGAGAUCUUCGACCGUAUCGCACAUAAACUCCCCGAGGUUGCACCUCUCCAAGCUCAGCGUGGCACAGCAGCAGCAAAGCCAGCAGGAGCCAGGAGCGUAGAUCUGAACAAAGGCCCUGCAGGACCCGGUACUCCAGAGAGCUGCAAUUGCUGA